GUCGACAAAUAUUGAUUUAUCACUCACAUAUUUUAGUAAACAUGCGGGAACGCCACAACAAACGCCUAUAGUCCGCUGCAACAAUCUGGAGCAUUUCCCAAUGUCGGGGCUAAACAACGUUUUGACUUUCGUUAGCCUGUGCGGUUUGGGAUUGUCCUUUUAUUCGUAUAUGGUCGAACUUUCGGUGGAACAGGAUGAAAAUUAUGUGGCCAGUUGCGAUUUUAGCGAGCACAUGAGCUGUACCAAGGCAUUUAAAUCCGAAUAUGGUAAAGGAUUCGGAAUACUUGGUCGAGUGGUGGGCGAGGAUUCCGUUUUCAAUGUACCAAAUAGCCUGUACGGUAUAUUAUUCUACAGCUUUAUGGCGACAGUGGCAUUCUCAGAUUCAACGUUGACAACGACUAUAGCACUAGGAGCGACUAUUCUAUCGAACUGCUCCUCGGUGUAUUUUGCUUCCAUAUUAAUCUUUGUACUGAAAGAUCUCUGUUUGGUUUGCGUAACAAUUUAUGUAAUCAAUCUUAUUAAUUUAAUUCUUAUUUAUAUUAAGUGGAACCGUCUUCGGGAAGAAGAGAGGGAAAAGGUGGACUGAACAUUGUUACAUAAUUUGUUAUACGCCUGUAUUUUGAGAAUAUAAUUAUACACUGUUUUCUUA